UGACAUUUUGCACUUGCUGUUUAGAGCCAAUCGCCACACAGGAAACCGCUCGUGUGCUUUAACAACUCCUGUGCUUGCAGUCGUCAGCCGCUGCGCAGGUAACGGCUUGCCCGCCUCUGCCAAAGCAACAGGUUGCCGCAGAGCACCGUCGCUCUCUGUAGCCAUGCGCCUGCGGCUCGCUCUCGUCGGGCUGCUCGCGCAGCGCUGCGCGGCCGGCGCCGCGCCCGCGGCCGACGCUUCAAAAGAUUUCCCGGCGGGCUGGUGCGACACCAAUCACGGCACGCCGACGCGGACGACGGGCGAGUGCAUGUGCAAGACGGCCUGCGAGGGCAGCGGCUGCCGCCGCGAGCAGGGCUUCAUCUGGUACUCGUACGCGAGCUGCCCUUCCUGUAAAUGCGUUGCGGGGAGCGACGCGGGGGCGGACGAGCAGGAGGAGGACGAGGAGGACGAGCUGCCGCCGCCCGACCCGGUCCCUGACGACGAGCCCAGCCUCGGCGAGCGUAUUUAUGAACUUGUCGACGACCACGGCGAGAAGGUGUUGGCGUUGCUCUUCGUCGCUUUGGUACUGGCGUUCGUCGUGCCCGCGGUGCUCCUGAAACCUGUUGGGAAGGUUGAGAAGGCGCCGCCGCCGUCCACGAAGGCGCCCGCGAAGGCGGCACCCGCCAAGGCGCCGGCGAAGGCUCCAGCGAAGGCUCCGGCGAAGGCCGCUGUCAAGGCCGCACCUGCCAAAGCCGCGCCGGCGAAGGCACCCGUCAAGGCCGCGCCCGCCCCGACCCCGGCGCCGGCCCCGGCCCCGGCGCCCAAGUCAGCCCCGGCCACGACGCACGAAGGCUCGACGAACAAGAAGGCGCACGACGCCAAGGCCGACGCGCGCGCCGCCAUGGAGGCGCGCCUCAACGCGCGCCUCGCGAAGAAGGCCUCGCCCGUGAAGGCGGCGCCCGCGCCCAAGCCUGCACCCGCGCCCGCGCCCAAGCCUGCGCCCGCGCCCGUCAAGGCCGCGCCCGCGCCCGCCGAAAGCUCGGACAGCUCGAGCUCGGACGACGACGAGCCGGUGCGCCGACGGAGGACGCCCAAGUGCGACUAA